CUUAAGCAAGACAAGUUGUUUGCAGUAGCUCGUUUGAUAAAAAAUGACCGGCCCAAGGGAUUCCUUUUUACAUGCUCGACCACAAACUGGCCGGGGCCUGCACACCCAGGAGAGCGGGGACGCUGGCCUCUCCUCCAACAUGGAGCACAAAUUCAAUGAUAAUUUGAAUGAAAGUGCUUUGCCUGUGGAAGAAAAAGGCAGCUCUGUGACACCCAUUCCUAAGGAGAAUCUAAACAUCGGUGAAUACCCUGCAAAGAACGGAAAGCUCUGGCAUGCUGCUGGCCCAAAGGCACACCCUGUGUCUGCUGAGGGGGAAUUCAUAGAACGGUCCACUGUAGCUGUGGUUCAGACAAACAACUUUCCACCACAAACCCUGUCGCAGAAGAGCCCAGAAGAGGAACCUUUCAAGGUGUUACCCGCAACAGCAGCCAUUACUGAGGAGCAGCCACAUGUAGAGGUAGUAGGAGAAGGAAGCUGCACCAAGAUGGGCACCGGGUCAAAAUGUCCUCCACUGGCUCCUAGAGCAGGAAGAAAAAGCCCCCAGCGCAGGAAAAGAGCUGCUGGGAAGUACCGGAAACUGUACCUUCUCGGUUGGAUGGCAUUCAUGCUUGUUCCUGUCUCUGAGGGCUUUCCUGGGUGUGCUAGUCCUGCAGCAGAACAAAAGGCUAAGUGUUUUACCUGCAAGGACAAGGACAGAUGCCCAAAGUUGAUGAACAUAUUUGACGGGCAUGACGACACUCCUCUGUACCACAGAGACCUCAAUGCAAUGUUUCCAGAAUGCUCUGUAACCUCUUCACCUCAAAACAAGAAUUGCUCUGUGUGCCGUGACCAAUCCAGGAUCGUCAUCUUCUGCUCAGAGGAUGUUGGACCAAAUAUAGACGUGGCAGAUACGGAUGGGCACAUUGACGUCAUUCCCACAAACUGUGUAAAACAUCCAAUCAAUGCUUACUCUGUGGAUAAUGAUGUGAAGCAGCAGACCCCUUCCCGCACACGGGAUGGAUUGAUUUCUAGCUUUGGAUUGUUUGUCGUCUUUUUGAUCGUGGUGGGAGCAGCGCGGGUGAUUUACAUUCACUGCAAGCAAAAAGGAUAGGAUUGAAAGAGAUGAACACUGAAGAACACUGAAGAAGACAGCAGUGUGCAGAAGCCAUUCUCUUGCCAUGCCAAUGUAUUUCCAGCUUUAGCUGCCAUAUAGAAAAUAACAGGCCUGCAACUCCUGAUUAUUUUAAUUAUUGAAUCAUCUGCUGGUUCAUUUCUUGAUUGAUACAUAUAUUGGUUGGAGAUGUCCAAAAUGAUGUCAUGUUUGUUUUGUUCGAACACUCACAAUAUUGAGUUCACUUAAACACAAGAUGAAGAAAACGAGCAAAUCCUGAAGUGAGCUUUUGGUGUAUUUUACUUGAUAAUGACUUAAACGAUUAAUCGAUUAUAAAAAGUACCAGCAGAUUACUUCUCUGUCAUUUAUUUGACUAAUCAGCUUUUAGCUCUUCUUGCCGAUAAUGUUAGAAAUUAGUGAACUUUCUGCAAAAAUUGCCUAAUGCAUAUCCGUACUGUAUGUACCUGCUGUCUUCAUUAAAAUGCUCAAACUGCA